AACAAAUACCGCGAUCAAAGGGGGGGCGGUUCUGGCUGGCCCAGCGGAAUUGAUUGACCGAUGAAGUGACUGAUUGAUGAACGAUUAAUUGACGGGUUGAUCUGCGUGCCGAAUGGCUGACUGCUGGCCUGCCUGCCUUGCCUACCUGCCUGCCUGGCUGUCUGUCUGAUCUGUCUGAUCUGUCUGAUCUUCUUUUCCUCCUUCAUCUCAGACAAACCUUCUCGAAGCUGCCACCCCAAAACCAACCCAACCCAACUUUGAACCCAAAAAUCAAUUGACCCAGUCUGCACCGUCAUUGCUCGGCACGGCAGUCCCCUUGCUCGGAUCCCCGGCCGACGACGCGCCAGCCCGACUGUUUCGGUCAGAUUUUAAAGUCUUCUUCACUGACAGACUUUCGGACUCAUCAGCACCUCAGCUCCAAGCACCCACCGCUCCCAUAUCCGCUGCAGAUCAGCAUCAGCAUCAGCACCAGCAAUCAGCAAUCAGCAAUCAGCAAUCAGCGACACCAACCCACGCCUGAGCCACGUACUCGCAAGGACCUCUGGUCCAAUUACACUCGUUCAGACCAAAACUUGUUCAUGCGCGCCGCCUCUGCCUGCUGAGGUUGAGAGGUCAUCCAGCCGGUCGCAGCAGUGACACCACGCUCACCACGCUCACCACUCUCGGACACGCCUUCCUGACCCUCUGUCGAUCAGUCCAUUUCCGGGGCCACCACCACCAGUCGGUCGGUCUACACCACCUGCCGCCUCUAUAUUGUCGGUCCUACGGCAUAUUCCCGCCUUCAUCUUGCCAUAUAAUUCUUUACUGUCGAGCCGAUGCGCAUUUCGGAGUAAUUCCUCGCCGGAUCGAAUAUCCUCGACACCCCAUAUCUGUGUGCCUUGUAGAUACAAUCUACCUGCUGUUGUUUCCGCUCUGAGACACGCCACUUGCCUUUGCUCACCGCCCCCCCACCCGAACGUCUUCGCGUGGUCCCGCGCUCUGCGAGAGCAUACCAUCGUAGCCGGCCGACAUCCAUGGGAGGCACCAUAGCUACGAUGCCAGCGACAGCGACGCCAGGGCUGCUGAGAGCGCUCCUCUUGGCUCUUCUAUGGUGUCAGAUCGAAGCCUUCUACAUCCCCGGCUGGUCCAUAAAGUCCUACAGCCAAAAUGAAAACAUCCCAUUAAUGGUUAACAAAGCAUACUCGGACAACACACAACUGCAAUAUGCCUACUACGACCUACCUUUCGUCUGCCCUCCGACAGGGCACCACCGCCCGGGUGCCGGGCUGCUCAGCGGCCAGAGCAUAUCUCUCAACCUUGGCGAGGUUCUGCGCGGCGACCGCAUCGUCAUUUCCGAUCUCGAGCUGUCAAUGAUGAAGGACAACGAAUGCAACAUGCUUUGCAGCAGGGAGGUCACCAGGCGCGACGUCAAGUGGGCGCGGGAGCUCGUCCGGGAUGGCUACGUGGUCGAGUGGAUCGUGGAUAAUCUGCCUGGCGCAACGAGCUUCGUGACCGUUGACAAGACCCGCAAGUACUACGCUGCUGGUUUCAAGCUUGGUUUCACAGACACGUCUUCCGGCAGGCCGCGCUACUUCUUGAACAACCACCACACCAUCGUCGUGCGGUAUCGCAGCGCGCCAGGCAAGGCCGGCGAGAAGGGAGAAAAGGUCAUUGUUGGAUUCGAGGUCUACCCAAAGAGCAUUGGGUCUGCCAACCGGAGGAACAAGGACGGGUGCCCCGCAGACCUGCAAAACAUCGAGCAAAGCUUUGAGCUGUACAUGGCCCCCAACAAGACGGUCUCCGAAGCUGCCAACCAGCUGUACUCCCAGUCGUCGUACCAUCCCGAGAUCGACCAGGAGGACCUCGACGACGAUGCGAGAAUGACUAUCCCCUACACGUACUCGGUCUACUUCCGCGAGGAUAACACGGUCGAGUGGAACAAGCGAUGGGACCUCUAUUUUGUCAACCAGGAGGAGGGCUCGAGGAUCCACUGGCUGGCCAUCGUCAACUCCUUCAUCAUCUGCGGCCUCCUCACAGGCAUUGUGCUGAUUAUCAUGGCCAAGACGAUCAGGACCGAGAUCAAGGGAUACAAGGAUGCCCGUGCCGAGGAGGGCAAGCUCAAGCUGAAAAGAAGCGGCGGGCAGCGGUCGCCCAGGCUGUCUGAGAAAAAGACACUUGGCUUGCUCGAUCAGGGCGGCGAAGACAAUGACGCGGAUGCGUCUUCUGAGGACGAGGCCCUGGAAGAUGUCACAGGCUGGAAAUUGCUGCACGCCGACGUCUUCCGAACGCCCGACUACGGCUGGGUCCUGGCUCCCUUGGUCGGGUCUGGUGUUCAGCUUCUAUUCAUGGCUGUCGGGCUUGUGCUCCUGAGUGCGCUGGGCAUCCUGAACCCGAGUCUUCGUGGCGGUUUCAUCAGCUUCGGUAUCGGCCUGUUCGUAUUUGCUGGUCUGUUCUCCGGCUACUACUCGGCCCGUGUGUACAAGACUUUUGAUGGACAGGACUUUGUGCGCAACGCCAUGGUAACGGCUCUGCUCUUCCCCGGUCUGGCUUUCGGCCUCAUCUUCAUCCUGAACCUUUUCGUCUGGGCUCAGGCUUCAAGCACGGCAAUCCCAUUCGGGACGUUGAUCGGCCUGCUGCUCCUAUGGCUCUUCAUCCAGCUUCCCCUCGUCUACGUCGGCUCUCGAUACGGCUACAACCGCGGCGGUGCGUGGGAACACCCCACCAAGACGAGCCUUAUUCCGCGCCAGAUCCCUCGACAGGCAUGGUACAUCAGGCGCACGCGAUCCGUGUUGCUCGCGGGCCUCAUCCCAUUCGCAGUGAUCUUUAUCGAACUGCUCUUCGUCUUCCAGUCCGUCUGGCAAGACAAGUCCGGCUACUAUUACGUGUUUGGAUUUCUCUCGGUAGUCUCGCUUAUCCUGAUCGUGACGGUCGCCGAGACCACCGUCGUCACCGUCUACGUCCAGCUGUGCAGCGAGAACUACAACUGGUGGUGGCAGUCGUUCCUCGUCGGCGGGGCGAGCUCCAUAUGGGUGUUUGUGUACUGCAUCUGGUACUACUUUGUCAAGCUGCACAUCACGGGCUUCGUGAGCUCGAUGCUGUUCUUCACGUACAGCUUCAUGACCUGUUUGGUGUACGGGCUCCUCACGGGCACGGUCGGCUUCCUAAGCGCCUACGCCUUCGUGAGGAGGAUAUAUGGCGCAAUCAAGGCUGAUUGAGAGGGGCCGACCAUUCCGUCACGGUGUGAAAUCCAUCGAUUCAGUGUUGUCACCCCGACCAUGGGAAACGCUUGGCACGAGCAUUGCGAAAAGAACGAACAAAACAUCGAACCUGACUGAUAAUGAGUGUGCUUGACUGCAUCAGACGCGGCGUUCAUAGUGCAAGGGAAUCCAUUGGGCGCGAAACUGUUUCCAUGGCUGGCGUUAAUCAUUAUGUUUUCAUGGGAUGAUCUUGGCAUCUUUGGACUGACAUGGCGCGGGCUUCCUCGACGUGCCCUACUGCCCCUGGCGGCUUUCGACAACCUCAACCGCUCGACGUGCGAUAAUCGCGACAGCUGGCUGGCAGGGAAGAUAUGAUUCGCGUUGGCGUUUCAACGGGAUUUGAGCCCACCUGGGAAAGCCGGGGAGCAUUUCUUACCGGUGGGAUUGGGUGGCUCCAUGGUGAGCGAGGGUGGACAUUCAUAGACAUUGUUCGGUUUGUUUUUUAAUAGUCGAUACUGGGAGGCGUGGUUAUGAUGUAUAAAGUUGGAAUACCUCUUAUAUACUUUCUAGUCUUUAAUGACUCUUAUUACCUAUCCUA